AUGGCAAAAAUCUGUUCCAAAGAGAGAUACUCUAGAGAGGACAAUGAGGAAAUUUCAGAUAGAAAAAUCAAAUGGCAAAAACAAAGUUCUAAUGGUUAUGUGGAUGUUGCUUAUUUUUCGAUUCCUGGCGGACCAGACCCAAGUAUUCACCGUGACUUCAAGGAAUCGCUAGGAAACAGAACACACCUUAUAGCACCACAUGAAAACCUCACAAGAGCUACAUUGGUUCUAAAUAAUGCUGUCUGUAGCGAUGAAGGAUUGUACCAAUGUUGGAUAGAGUAUUAUGUAAAUGAUGCUAUCGAACAUGAACAAAACCAAACAUCGGUCAUAUUCCAAGCUGAAGCAACUGUACCAGACGAAUUUGUCGUAGAACACUCCAAUGAACUUGAGGAAAAUCAAUCCAUACGCUUCAUAUGCAGCGCUGAUGUCGGAAAUCCACCUGGGAAUAUGAAAAUUUGGAAAGUUCCAAGGAAUUCAACUGAAAAAGAAUUAAUAUACUCUUCAAAUUUUAAAAACAAUAUUGUUAUUAAGACAGAGAAUUGUACUAAUUUUCUUAACGUAAGCUUAACGUACAGUGUUUCCAGAGAUGACAAUGGCGCUGUUUUCAAAUGCUCAUCACAGAAUAGCCUUACUCCGCAACCAGCACCAAACAAAGACUCAAAGACAAUCUCAGUUUUGUAUGGUCCAAAAAAGCCCGUGGUUACGAUCACACCAUCGUCAUCGGUGUAUUCUGUUGGGGAUGAUGUAAAACUAGACUGUUUUACCAUCAGUAAUCCACCGCCAGUGUACAGAUGGACCUUCCUAUCCACGAACGCUAGCGAUGAGGAACAAACUAUAAACUUGAACAGAAACGGGUCUUCAUUGCUAUUGAAAAAUCUUCAUAUCAACAAUUCUGGAAAUUAUAUUUGCUCUGCUUUCAAUACAUUUAAUGGAAAGACUCUGAAUGUUACAUCUGUGGUAUCUAUAUCUGUAAGAGAUCCAGAAAUACAACUUACCUCUGCUACACCAACAAGAGACGCCGGUCCAUGUCAAACUGGGGAAAUGUGUAAAGAAAGGAAAGGACAGGCUGCCGGUAGUUUCAAUACUUGGAUGGUAAUAUCGUUGAUUUUUGUUCUGUUGACAGUGGUAUUUGCGACAUCGACUGCCUUUUUAAUCAUUAAAGAAAAAUCAAACCUACAACACUGUUUUAGAAAAACAGAUGGGAAACUGAGUAUUACCUCCUCGGACACCAAAGAAAAAGUCAAUGGUGAAAAAACGUGCCACCAGGACGGGAGCAAUCCUGGAGGAAGAGGAGAUGAGGAUAAGUAA